AAAUUUCUCCAAAUCUCACACCACUCUCUCUCUCUAGCUUUCUCUCUCUAGAUUCAAUUUCACAAUCACCAUGCAACAGGCAAUCCCCUACCGAACAUGGAUCCAAGGCCCACCCGCGGGUGACCCGAGACCACCGGCCAGAAACCCGAUCGAAGACCCGGUCUCGGCCAAUACUACGAGCGAAGCUAGCGAAGCCAUACAAUCAACGGUAUCGGAGAAUGCGGUGGUGGUGUUCGGACGACGUGGCUGCUGUAUGUGCCACGUCCUCAGACGAUUGCUGCUCGGUCACGGCGUUAACCCGCCCGUUUACGAGGUGGAUGAGGAAAGAGAAGCCGCCGUGGUCGAGGAAUUGUCGAAACUUAACGCCGUCGGCGACGGUGACGGCGGAGAAAAUUGUAGUGGUAAGGUUCAGUUUCCGGUGGUUUUUGUAGGUGGGAAAGUGUUUGGUGGCUUGGAAAGAGUCAUGGCUUCCCAUAUUUCUGGUGAAUUGUUGCCCAUACUCAGAAAAGCUGGAGCUUUGUGGCUUUGAUUCUAUACAACUAUAUAUAUAUAUAAUCUCAUCUUUUAUAAAUUAUAUAUAUUACAACUUUUUUUUUUUUAUAAUGCAGCAAAUUAUUCACACAAUUUCUUUUAGUAUAUUUUUUUUAUUCGGUUCUGUGAUUAGAUGAAGAAAUUAAAGGUUAUAAUUUAGAUCCGUAUUGGAAAAUUUCAUGAAGUUUUGUUCUGAUUUUUCUUGAGAAUUAAUAUAUAUAUAUUUGUAAUUAAAAAAAAAAUGUAUGGACUUGUAGUGUUGAAGAUCAAUCAUAGAGAGGUAGCUUGAACCAAAAUCAUUAAUGGCAA